UCCUGUUGGUGGCAAUAGGAAAUGUGAAACCACAGCAGAAGAAGACAAAAAGAAAACCGAUUGCUACACUGUAGCAGACUGGACUGUAGACAGAUGAUCUCACGCUAGCGUCGGUGUUGAUGUGAAUAAAACAGGUAAGUCCUUAUCCGUUUGAUGUCGAUUACAUAUUUGCAUUUCCAUACAGUGUUAUCCAAUGCCUAAUGUAUCUUUAGUGAAAGAGAAGUAUCGAGCUAGUGUAUUUCAUAUGUUUUACAUAUCACCAGAGUGAGUCACUUGAGUGCUGCGCUGCUAGCCAGCGACAGAAGCAGACAGAAGACAGCUCCCAAGGCUAUUUAUUGCUGUCCAUAGCUAAAUUCUUCCUAUCUAGAACGAGUACACGUUUGCGGAAAAAGUAGGUAAGGAAAUCGCAAUCUUUUUGGGGGUUUUGCUUUUAUUGGAAGAAUGUGAUUCAGAGGGUAAAUCUUUCAGAUAAAUCUUUCAGGCCAGGUUCCAAGGUUUGUUGGCUGUAGGACUAACAGUAAGGUCCCAUAAUGAGAAGUAGGUUAAUGAUAACAAGCUUAUGGUUUUCUUUUUUGGAAGAGGCUGACCAAGACCUUUGGUGAUUUGUUUGUGCCUUUAUAUCAUUGGCCUUUUACCUACAUUUGCUAUGGUGCAAAAUAUCCACCUGGUCUCAUAGGACUUUAAACCCCAGUUCAUUCUUUUCAGGCAAAGCUGUGUUUUUGACCUAGGCUGUAGUGUUGAAUAAACUAGUGGUGCUGUAACCUCUCUGAACCCCCUCCCUCUCCUGCUGCCUCUCCUGCUGUUCCCUUGAAGACCUCCACCCCCCCCCAUCCCUCCUGGUGACCCCUGUGAUGUCGUCCCCGUGCUGCGGCUUCCUGGCGCAGUACACCCACCAUCACCUGGUCGCCUUCCUCCUCACCUUCUUUAGCUAUGUCCUCCUGCACGCCUCGAGGAAGACCUUCAGUAAUGUGAAAGUGAGCAUCUCAGCCCAGUGGACUCCCUCUGUGCAGAAUGCCAGCUCUCCUGCCUUCUCACCCGGGGAGACAUGGGAGGAGCAUAACCUGUUUGCCGACUCCGAUGGAGCCACCUUGUUCCUGGGUGUCCUCGACACCAUCUUCCUGUUUUCCUACGCCGUGGGCUUAUAUAUGAGUGGAGUGAUUGGAGAUCGCAUGAACCUCCGGUAUGUCCUCUGCUUUGGUCUGUGUGGUUCAGCCAUAGUGGAGUUUGUGUUUGGUACCCUGAUUGAGUGGCUGCAGUUCUAUAACAUCUACCUGUACUGUGGCCUUUGGGUGCUGAACGGCCUACUGCAGUCUGCUGUCUGGCCCUGUGUGGUGGCAGUCAUGGGGAACUGGUUCGGCAAGUCGGGGCGAGGUUUUGUGUUUGGCCUGUGGAGUGCCUGUGCCUCUGUUGGGAACAUUCUGGGAGCUUUCCUGGCAUCCAGUGUUCUCAAGUACGGUUAUGAGUAUGCCUUCCUGGUCACUUCAGUACUGCAGUUUGCCGGUGGGGUGGUGGUGUUCUUUGGUCUGCUCACCUCCCCUAAAGAAGUGGGUCUGUGUUUGGAGUCAGAAACAGGUCUGAGACCAGUGGAAAGAGACGCAGACAGCCACAGGCCUCUGAUGAGUGAUGAAGAGGAUGAGGAAGGAUCGGAGGAGGUGUGUGACGGAGGGUACUACACCACCCGGCAGGGGGAUGAGGAGCUGCGGGAAACACCCAAAGCCAUCGGAUUCUGCCAGGCCUUCUGCCUACCCGGGGUGCUGCCUUAUUCCCUGGCGUACGCCUGUCUGAAGCUGGUCAACUACUCCUUCUUCUUCUGGUUGCCCUUCUACCUGAGCAGGAACUUUGGCUGGAAGGAGGCCCAGGCCGACAGGCUCUCUGUGUGGUACGACGUGGGAGGCAUCAUAGGUGGUACGGUCCAGGGCCUGAUCUCAGACUUCAUGGGGAAGAGAGCUCCAGUGUUAGCCGUCAGUCUGCUGCUGGCUAUGGGAGCCCUGGUGGGUUACAGCCACUCCCCUCCGGACCAGGUGGUGAAUGCAGCUCUCCUGGCCACCACAGGUUUCUUCAUAGGAGGACCGUCCAACAUGAUCAGCUCAGCCAUCUCUGCAGACCUGGGGCGACAGGAGGCCCUCAGGGGCAGUCAGGAGGCUCUUGCUACCGUCACCGGCAUAGUGGACGGGACCGGGAGUAUUGGAGCUGCUGCGGGACAGUAUUUGGUAUCGCUGAUCGAGAGCAAGCUGGGCUGGAUGUGUGUGUUCUUCUUUUUCAUAGUCAUGACCGGGUGCAGCAUAGUCUUCAUCUUGCCGCUGAUCGUGACUGAGAUUCGGGCCAUGUGGAGGGACAGACGGGCACGGACACACAAGCUGUGAAGCCUUCCUCACGACGGCCAUGUUGUUUCCUACUCCUUCCCUAUGGGGCCUACUGCCUGUCAGUCAGACUAUGUCCACUGAUCACUACUGUAGAUGUAUGUACAACAUGUGUGUGUCCAGUCUAUGUAUAUAUUUGGUCUGAAAUGCGUUAUUUUUUUUUUUUUUUUUUUUUUUUUUUUAGAUAUUACUUCAGCACUUUUUACGAGUGGGGGCAGGGCCCUCUCAAUGUUUGUGGUCUGAGAUAGGAAGUUCCAAGCAGCUAACGACUAUUCCGAUUCCUUUACCAGUUUGCUGGAGUAUAGAAUGAUUUGGAUCUGCUCAUUUGCUUAGUAGAGAUCAGAUUUCAAAGACACACAAAACACUCCAUCACUCACUCCUAGAAUCUCAGUCACACGUCUGCCUGUAGCACGUUUACAUGCGCACCGUAUUCUGGACAGUAGCUCAUAUCCAGAAGGUCUUAUUCGUGUUAAGCUGUUUACAUGCACUUUUGAUAUCCCGCUCACGAGUAUCCCUGUACCGAUGAAUAAACAGAUUAUUCCUCAUUUAAGUUGAUAUGGGUUAAAUAUUAACUGAAAUAUGGCCUAUAACCUUUCACAUGUCGCGUAAUAUAAUAUUAACUCUUGCAGAAUGAUGCAUUUCUUGCAGUGAAAUUACUCAACAAAUGUUAAUUUUGUCUCGGAAACAGGAGUGGAGAAAUACGAAUUCUUUCAGCAUCUCUUGAGAAAAUGCGAGUGCGUCUGUAAUGUGUUAUCGUUGACACUGUUAUGCAAGCAGACAGUAUUUCAACCACAUAAAAUAUGCACCCAAGACAGACUAAAGUCUUAUCAUAAACCUAUUUCAUCGUUUUCUCAGCUUUUAAUUUCAUUAAAACCAGUCAAACUCAUGACAUUUGGACAUUUUGCACAGACCAAUCUUUCCACUGUUCUCCCCGGUCCCUAAACGAAACAGACAACUUUACCGGUUUUAACUACAUUACUAAUGCAUUCAUUCUGUCAAUGUAAGACAUUAUUCUGAUGAACACUAUUUUAUUUAGUGUUCUGGGGCAACAAGUUAUGACGGAAGAGAAGCUGCAUGUAUCUAACUAUCGUUGACAAACAAAUGUCGUAAAUUGUUAACAGAAAGUUGUCUAAAUUACGCUACACGGUCCAGGAUGGAGUAUCAGCUAAAUAAAUUAUUAUGGUGGAUGGAACUGUGCAGGUUGCCUACUUUUGGAAGUGAUUUUUUUUUAACAAUCAGAUGACAACAUCACACAACACCCAUUGUACCUGAGACUGAGCCUACACAGACUGCGAAAAACAACAGUAAACGGGAUAAGAUGUUUACAUGCCACAGUAUCCCAUCUAAGAUCAGAAAAUCCAAGGCAUUUUAUCCGGGUUUCUCAUAACCGGGAUACAAACUUUUUGGGGUUAUUGUAAACGAGAUAUGAUGUUUACGUGUGUCAGCUCAAAAACAGAGUACUUGAGUACCCCGAAUACUAUCGGAAUAUUGGUGUGCAUGUGAACGUGGUCAGAGUAAACGGUACGUUUGCCAAUAACGUUUUUAAACAGCUUUUUUAAGUCUUAACGGUCAGUUAACAUUAACUACACGCCUCUAAAAUAUUUUCCUCAAGGGAUUUAUUUAUUUAAAGAACAGUAAGAUUACAUCAAUGUAAAAAAUAUAUAUUGUCACAUGUCUUAUCAAAAUAAGUUAAAAGGUAUACUGAUUUUAUUUACUGUAGGUACAUAAAUUAAAACGGUACAAGUAGUUCUUCUGGUUGGAUUGGGAUCAGUUGCUAAAUUACUGUAGUGGUUUUCACCAAGGCCACAAGUGCAUUUCAGCUGGUCCAGGACCUGCUAAACUUGAUGAAAUGGAAUGUGUAUUUAAUUUGAUCAUUGUCGAAUGUAUGUUCUUAAUCUGUGGUAAAUGUUCAUUUCUUCCCCAUAUGUGCACUUUAAAUUAAUGUUUUAAUGAGCCUAUGUUAAAAAAAAAAUCAAGAAAAGCAAAUUGUCUUUUUCAAAA